AUGGAGACGAAGUUCUGUAGUGCCGAGUCUGAUCCCAGGACCUUGGCCGACUUUCCCUUCGCUGCUUCCUUAGGAGCGGCCGCGAGCCUCCGCGACUUGAAGGCGGCCGAGGAGUGGUUCGGCCGUUGCAUUGCGGCACGGGGUGCCGUAGACGCGGUAGCCAUGGGUGCUGUGAUUGGCGCCGCGAGCAAAGAUGCAAAUCCGCGCGCCGCCGCCGAGCGUUGGUUUGCUCGCGUCUCAAAGUUCCACAUCAAUCCGAGCAUCGUCAUGUUUGGAGGUUUGUUGACAGCAGCCGCAAAUGCUAGCGACUUUCAAGCAGCGAACCUCUGGACCCAGAGGAUAUUGGGCUGUUGUUCACGCGCAUGCGACUUGCAGCUGUGA